GAAGUGUAGUGAUAAUUCUUUGUAUUUUCUGCGCACAACGUGUGAAGCCAUCUUCAAUUCCAGCAGCACCAGGAAGUACUGGACGCCAUGAUAGCAGCACACGUGCUUUGGUUUCUGGUAUUCAGCGCUGUUUCUUCUGUAGAAGGAAAUGACACAUCACGAAAUGCGGUCGCUCCAUCCAGCAUCACUACUGAGAGGUCCAUAGGAUGCACAAUCAACAUCAGUAGGGACCUGAAGAAGAACAGCCGACUUAUCCUGCAUCCUGACAGCAGCUCAACAGACGGGUACAGGUUCGUCCUGCCGACAGCUGGGCACAGCCUGCUAACUUUCCAGCACGGGCAGGAGGUCGUGUUCGCUUGUCCAAACGGAGUGUACGAGAGAGCAAAAUGUAACACGGGUGACAAUUUCGCAUUCUUAUCUUCAGAAAGAAAUGUCAGUGUCUCACAAAUAACGUGCAGACGUCCUCUGAGGGCAACGGUGAGGAACUCUGGAAGAUGUUACAACAACGAAUACAAUCACGUGGGUGUCGGACUAACAGUCCGGCAAGAUCAGUCAACUAGAGAGUUUAUCAAGCUCUUCGACAUCUGCUUCGAUCCUCAGCUUCGAUCUAGCGCGUAUGCCAAGUUCACCCUCAUGCAGGGGGUUGAGAACGGCCAAAAGAACGUCAAGCGAUCCUACUUCAAAUGUACUCAAAAAUUAGACGAGAUAUAUGGUAGGGGGAACCAGCACACUGCGUUGGUUAAUCUCACGGGCUCAGGGGAUGAAGCCGACAAAUACAUUAACCGAAACACAAGCAGUGAUUUAUAUCUCACUAAAGGCCACCUUAUUGCUUUUAAAGAUUUUGUAUAUAACUCACAACAGGAAGUGACAUUACUUUGCCUCAAUAGUGUACCAAUAUGGCAAGUGGUUAGGAGAGGUAACUGGAGGAAUGUGGAGAGUAGCAUACGCCAGUAUGCGAGCAGGCACGGUAAGGAUCUGACAGUGUAUGCAGGUACAUAUGGUAUCCUACACUUACCUCAUGUUAACGGAACCAGUGUUCCAGUUUAUUUAGGUACUGAUACAAAUGGCAGAAAUGUUUUGCCAGUACCACAACUGUUCUGGAAGAUCGUGUACGACCGUCUCAUGAGACAUGGUAUAGCGUUUUUGGUUAUUAAUAACUAUCGAGAAGAUACAUAUCCAAAAGAGCAUGAGGUAUGUACUGAUGUUUGUAACAGAACUGAAUCCUGGUUCAAUGGAUGGGACAGGCAGCAAAUUAGCCUGGGAUAUGUGUACUGUUGCACUGUUACGGAGUUCCUUGUGAAAACCAAUGCAAUACCAGAAUUCAGGGAAGUUGUAAUAGAUCUUCUUAUUUAUUUCCUGCUCGUUAUUAAACAUACCUUCAGAACUGCAGCUUCUCGUUGCACGUUACCAAGAGUGACACUGUUCAUUCGUCGCAAAUGUGAAAGCAUGACUCCUCUGAAACAAUCAGCGCUCCCUUCUGUGCUCUUAUUGACAGCAUUAUCAGCUUACCAGAAUUUUCCAGACGUCCAAGCAACAGAAUUUGGUUGCAGUGUCCCCAUCUCCAGCAUAAGUGUGGACACUCCGCUGAUCCUCCAACACCGAUACCGCAAUGGGAUGGCGCCCUUCCACAUGCCAAGUAACCCGGGAUCUGAUUCCCUGACCUUUGGUAGUGGAGAUGCCGUCAGGUUCGCUUGUCCUGACGCAAACAAGAACCUGCUGCUGAUCCCCAACUCCCCGCUCACGGUCUAUGAAGUCAUAGCCUUCUGCAUUAAAGGUUCCAUCUUCAGUAUCAGUGGAACUUCCCACGACUUUAGCAGCAUCAGGUGCAAGAAACCGCCGCAACCAACAAUUAAACAAGAAAAGCGAUGUGCUGUAGGAAAUGGGACCCAAUAUAAUAUCGGAUUCAAUCUCAAACGAAAGUUCCUGGGACUUAUCGAGAUUUGCUAUGACAUUGCAAAGCACAGCACUAUAAGCACUAGGUAUAUUUUAAGUAAAAGUGUUGGCAAUCAUGAUGUUAAUGAUUAUACAAACAUCAGUUUCUCCAGCUCCAACUUCGGCAGCGGUAACACAGGAUCACCUGAGGACUUAUACACCUGCAAGAAUCAAAUCAGAACACUAGGACAUAUAUUAGGAUCAAUUACUCAGGCUAACAAAUAUAUUAAUUGUGACUACAGAAGCAAUAAGUAUCUAGAUAGAUGCCAUCUUGCGCCAUAUGAAGACUUUUUAUUCGGAUACCAAAAGAAAGCGGCUUCCUUUUAUAUCAACACAGCACCUCAGUGGAAAGCGAUUAAUAUCGGAAAUUGGGAUAUUUUAGAGAGAAGAAUAAGAAGAUACGCAAGCAAGCAGAAGGCCGAUCUGACUAUCGUAAGUGGGACGAUUAAUGUAACAACACUCCCAGAUAUAUUCGGCACCGAAAGGUAUGUUUAUCUUCCUGAGGACCCUAGGAGCAGUUCCGUGGUACCAGUGCCCGCUUUGUUCUGGAAACUGGUUCACGACAAGGCUAGAAAUGCUGGUAUAGUGUUUGUAGUUGUCAGUAAUCCGUACCAUCAUGACUUGCUUACACGUGGAUAUGUUGCUUGUACCGAUGUAUGCAGCAGCACACCAUCCUGGUUUGGUGGCUGGAACAGGUUGGAUGUUAGCUCUGGUUACGUGUACUGUUGUACUGUGAAUGAAUUUGGAACCAAGUCUGGCAUUAAACCUUUCCCCUUCAGGGCCAAGCAUGUCCUUGGUUAAUACAACAAACAGGGUCAGGUUCUCCUUAAUAGCUUCCUUUCUUUCAUUAAUAAUACAAAGAAAUCAAGGGCACACAGUGGCGUAUAUGAUUGAGGAACUUUACUACAAGCCGGAAGGUCACGGAUUAGAGUCUCGACGAGGUCAUAAGACUUCUUUCUGUUUACCUAAUACUUCCAGCCGCACUAUGGCCCUGGGAUCGGUUCAGCCUCUAACAGAAAUGAGUACC